AUGUUUGCUUCGUUCCGAAUUCCGUUCCUUUCUCCGUACUAUUAUUUAGGGAGUUCCGAUUUGUUACAAAAGAUCAUUAAAGAGAAGGGAGAUCCUGAAACAAAAACCUUUCGAACGACUCUUCCCGAUCGGAAUGUCUUGUUCGUUUCUGAUAAGAACAUGUUGAAGGAAAUGAUGGUCACAAAAUCCAACAAUUUUGAAAAGCCAAAACUAAGUUAUGAAUUGUUAAACAUUUUUGGAGAGAGUAUUUUGACAUGUUUGAACAAUGAGACUUGGAAAAAACACUUCAAAGUGUGCAGUCCUGGAUUUUCACCUGUCAACCUUCAAUUCAUGUGCAAGGUGGCAGUUAAAUCCUGUGAUUUAUUAUUUGAAAAAUGGGAACAAGAGUUGAAACGCCAACAGGGAGCAACACAAAAGAUGAUCAUGCUGCAGGUGGAACAUUAUUCAGAUGCGACCUUGGAUAUUUUAGGUAAAGCAGUUUUGAAUGGAAGAGAUCCAACUUUUGAUGAUUUUGAAAAGUUGGAAUAUGUGAACAUGGUCAUUAUGGAAUCUCUUCGUUAUCAUCCUCCUGUGACAACAGUUGUCAAACAUGUUGCUAAAAAAUCAACCACAUUAGGAAAGUUCAAAGUUCCAAAAGGAACUCAAAUUCAUGCGUUCAUUUUUGGAUAG